UGAGGCUUAACCUUUUUGACAGAGCAAGGCGUUCUAACUAAUAUUUGAGAGAGGAACUCCUACUGCUGCUUAUUUCAUUCUUGUUUCCCUUUACAAAGAGACUAAGCAAUCUUUUUAUCCAAAUGUUCUGUCUGUCUGGAUUUAACUGCGCUGUUGGAAAUACCUUUUAAAGUUUGAAAGCUGAAUAUAAUUGCCUGUUUUGAAGACAUUUUAACAUCACAUUCGUUUCAGGUAAGGAUAACUGGUGUCCUGAAGAUCAAUUUGAAUGACUGACAACGAAUGGACUGAAUAUUUCUGCAAUGGGUCCCCAUCAACGGCAGCCAUCAGCACCACUACGGAAAAUAAAACAGCUUUUGGGCUCCAGUCUUCUCAUCACCGUCCUGUUGAUUGUAGUGUUCAGUGGGACGUAUAGGAUACAAACAACAAAACACUCAGCUCCACAGAGAGAUGAAGCCUCAUUUAUUGCUGUCAAAAUGACAAAGACAUUGUUGAUAUCAGCUUAUCUAGAACACCGUUCCAAUAAAAGAGAGGUCCGGGUUAUAGCCAUUGUGCGGCGAGAGGAGAAAGUCUCUUAUCGUUGCAUCUUUCAGUGUCAGAACCAGCAGUGGUACAUCUCGAAAGGUGUUCUCAGCAUCCAUACAGACCACUUUGGGUUCUCAUACGGAACAGCGGACAUCAUGUGUCCCAUCCCCCCAGAGUGUGAAAAUCCAUCUCACAUUUCUGUGGCUUCUGAUAAGACGAUAUCUGAAGAUGAAUAUAAGGAAGAAUUUUUGGAAGUGAAUAACCAAAAAGCACAGACUGAAUCUUUUCCUUAUAACUUCACAGUCUGUAUUUCUACUAUGUUUGAUUUCACCAAUGUGCUCCAGCUGGUGCAGAGUUUCGAAAUGCUUCAGUUACUGGGUGUGAACAAAGUUUUUGUCUACAAAACCAACUGCAGUCGUGAAACACAAAGCGUUCUGGACUAUUACUCAAACAAAAAAGGCUUUGUGGAGGUGAUUCCUUGGUCCAUGUCCAGGUUUCUAAAUGUUUCUCGAGGAUGGCAGCCUAAGCAUGGUCCUGGUGACCUCCACUACUUUGGUCAGAUCCCUGCUCUCAACGACUGCCUCUACAGGAACAUGUACAAAUCCAAAUAUGUGGCCUUGCAUGACAUUGACGAGCUCAUACUGCCACAGACGGUCAAAAGCUGGAUGGAGCUGCUGCCUCUAUUGGAGAAAAAGUACAGCCCAAAGAAGUGUUACAAGUUUCAAAAUAACGUGUUCCCCAACAAUGUCUCGCUACCGUCACCAAAGGAUCAAAAUCUACCUAAAAUGGACCACUGGAAAGGAGUUCCUGGAGUGAACAUCCUGGCUCAUCUGCACCAGGAGCCCAUCACUAAAGAGAUGCAACAUUUCAAAUUUAAGGUCAUCAUAAACCCUCGAGAUGUCUAUUGGGUUUCAGUUCAUGAUGUGCUGAAAUCAGACCAUGGCUGCAGCUGGGUGGACAGGAACAUGGCACGGAUGUACCACACAAGAGAUCAAAUGCAACCCCUGCUGACUUCAGAUAAGAUGAUCCAUGAUGGCAGGUUGCUCAGCUACAGCGCCCCCCUCAGUCUGGCUGUUGAUACUGCCCUUCAAGAAAGUGGCCUUCUCUCUAAGGGCAGCAAAAACUUGAACUAGGACCUUCUUGGUAACACAUCAGAGUGAAAACUUUUUUGCAAGUUUUCCGGUAUUUUUAUGGGAAGAUUUAUUUCUGUUAUAAGUGAAACCACUG